AUGAGUGUGCUGGACUGGUAUAUCAAGGAGAUUGUGGGCGCUGUCGCCCGCAAGGACGGGAACACAGCAGCGGCAAAGCUCCGGGUCCACGAUGCGGAGAACCGGCAGGUCGUGGCGGAGGCGGUGCGGUCCCUGGGCCCGCGGUUGCAGCUGUCGUCCGCAGUGGGCCGGCACGCGCGCGUGAUCCCCGAGUCUGCGUCCGAAUGGGAGCGCAUCAUCGUCGGCGUCCUCGACACGAUGCGCCUGCUCGACGCCCGCAAGGCCGAGGAGGCGUACGACGCGCUCUCUGCCGCCACCGCGCCAGUCAUUGACGCGUUCAAGGCCGCAGAUGGUGGUUGGAUCACCAACACGGUGCGCGUGAUGGCCCGGAACCUGCGGCACGCCGCGGAGGAGGCGGACAAGCAGCUCACGGACGCCGGGAAGCGCGCGAAGUGCCUCGGGCGCGUCAUGGAGGACCUCCGGAAGUACAUUCGUCCGAUCAACGUCUCGGGGGACAUCGAGAAGAAGGCCGCGGUGCUCUCGAUCUACAACCAGAUGAUCAAGGUGGCGUUCGACCUGUCGCAGGUCAACAUGGCCUUCCAGCACGUCCAGGCCGCGUCUGUCGUCGUCGCGCCCAAGGGCGGCUCCGCGCCCGCCUACAUCCCGCUGUCGGAUCUCGUGGUGCACAAGUACUACGAGGGCCGCCUGCACAUGUUCAACGACGACUACGCCGCGGCGCGCGCGGCGCUGGAGUUCGCGCUCGAGCACACGCCCGUCGCCGACACGCGCCGACGCUCCCUGGUCCUGAAAUACCUCAUCCCCGUCAACAUGCUGCGCGGGCACAUGCCGACUGAGGACGCGCUGCGCGCGUGCGGGAUGGACGCGUACGUCGGCGUGCUGCGCGCGGUGACCACGGGCGACAUCGGGCUGUUCAACCGCGCUGUGGACGAGCACGUGGCGCUCUUCACGCGCGACGGAACGCUGUUCGUGAUCGACAGACUGAAGGCGAUCGCCUACCGCCAGCUCUUGCGGCGCGUGCACGCGUUCAACGUCGCGAAGCUCCCGGCGGACGCCACGGCCAACCUUAAAGCUCGCGUGCCGCUCCCACUCUUCGCGGCCGCGCUCGCGGCCUGCGGGGAGGGCUCGGACCUGGACGAGGUGGAGUGCGUGGUGGCGAACCUGAUCGCGGAGCGCAAGGUGGUCGGAGCGAUCAAUCACGGGCACCGCAUACUGUCGCUGUCGCAGAAGGAACCCUUCCCGUCGCUCGGGUAG